UUAAAGAACUCAGCUACAAUAAAAGAUAAGGUCUUUGAACUUUAAUUUGGCAAUCUGAAGAAAUUUAUCUUUUAGGAAAAAAUUGAUAAGGGUAAAACACAUGCCAUCAUCAAAUUUUUACUUAUUUCACUUAUUUACUAAAAUCUUUUUCAAAGUAUUAGUGAGAUUAGGUAUUAUCUACGCGAGACAUUAAAUAUAUUUUCGUGACCAAGUAUAUCUUCACAUAAUGUACAAUAACUGAUAAUAAGAACACCGUCUAUUUCGUAUGUUUUCAUGCACUUUUUAAGCGUGAUUACUGAUUAGUUGUUUAAGUGCCAUCAAAUAAUAAAGACUAUAUUGAAGAUGCUAAUUUUUCGUGCAAAUGUUCAUCGUUGUAUUUAUCAGCAUAGGUUCUUUUCUGCUCUAGCGACAAAGUCAAUUGCAUCGGAUUUCAAUGAUAAAGCCAUUGAAGAAAGUUGGAAGAUUGCCAAGUCCUAUGAUAGUAUACCGGGACCUUCAACAUUCAACCUCAUGAGAAGUUUCCUUCCAGGAGGAAGAUUUAAGUCAAUGAAAUUUUCUGAAGUACAUCAACAUUUAACCAGUGACUAUGGACAAAUUUACAAAUUGAAAGGAUCUUUCGGAAAAAGGGAUAUCGUUGUGGUCAAUGAUCCGAAGGAUUUUGAAAUAGUAUUCCGAACCGAAGGUACUUUUCCAUUAAGAAGAGGUCUGGAAAGUCUCUCUUACUAUCGCAAAGUACAUAGAAAAGAAAAAUUUCCUGUCACAUUUGGGUUGGUUAUUGAACAAGGACCAGAAUGGUGGAACCUACGACACAAAGUCAACAAUGUCAUGAUGAAGCCUCAAGUUACCAAGGAAUAUACAUCAGCUGUUGAUGAGAUUGCCAGAGACUUUGUAAAAAAACUUCACAACCUGAGAGACUCAAAUCUAGAAACUCCAGCAAAUUUUCUAUAUCACAUGAAUAUUUGGGCCUUAGAAUCGAUUGCCUACAUCACAAUGAAUAUGAGAUUGGGUCUUUUGGAUGAGAAACCCAAUGAAAAUGUGGAUAAAUUAAUGAUGGUCUUGAAGGAAUUCUUCCAGAUACUGUAUGAACUUGACUUCCAACCUUCAUUGUGGAAAAUCUACAAGACGCCUAAAUUCAAUCGUUUUAUUGAAAUUUUGGAUUUUAUGCACGAUUUUGUAGGACAAUUAGUGCACAAAGGCCUCGAAAAUUUAAAGGAGAAGAAAAUGAGAGAACAAACCAAUAACGAAGAAAAAGGAGUCUUGGAAAAAUUAUACGAUAUUGAUAAGGACAUAGCUGUUCUUAUGGCACUCGAUUCUCUUAUAGCCGGUGUUGACACAACCUCAGCUGCAGCUUUUAUGGUCAUUUAUAGCUUAGCAAAUAAACCGGAAAAACAGGAUAUUUUGAGAUCGGAAUUGCUGAAAAUCCUUCCCGAUAAAUCCUCACCCCUAACAGCAGAUAAGAUGCGCAACAUGCCUUAUCUAAGAGCUUGCAUUAAGGAAGCUCUGAGAUUGAUGCCUGUUACAAUAGGGAAUAUUAGAUCAACUGGACGAAAUAUCGUACUCAAAGGAUAUCAAAUUCCCAAAGAUAUCGAUGUGUUUAUGCACACACAAGCCGUUCACAUGGACAAAUAUUAUUUUCCUGAGCCGGAUGCCUUCCUUCCCGAAAGAUGGUUAAGAUCAUCUGGAAAACACGAAAACUACAAUCCGUUUACUUAUCUUCCCUUUGGAUUUGGUCAUCGAAUUUGCAUUGGACGGCGCUUUGCUGAACUUGAAAUUGAAUCCCUUGUAACAAGAUUAGUAAGGAAUUACUAUGUGGAGUGGCAUCAUCCACCUCCUGAAAUACAUUCUUCGACCAUCAACAUGCCCGUGGGAGACUUGAAAUUCCGAGCUUUCGGAAAGAGAGAUGCCCUCAUAUUGCAUGAUCCGAAAGAUUAUGAAAUUGUCUUUCGAACUGAGGGUAAUUUCCCAAUGAGACGCCUAUUCGAUACUAUAGCCUACUACCGAAAGGAACACAGAAAAGACAGAUUCGCUAAAUCUGCUGGUCUAUUGAAUGAACAUGGACAAGCAUGGUGGGAUCUUCGGCAUAAAGUUAAUGGUGUGAUGAUGAAGCCACAAAUUACAAAAGGAUACACAACUACUGUUGAUGAAGUAGCAUCUGAUUUUGUGAAAAAAUUACACAAUUUGAGAGAUUCUAAUUUGGAUACACCAUCUGAUCUUCUCUAUCAAUUGAAUCUUUGGGCAUUGGAAUCAAUCUCUUACAUCACAAUGAACACUGACGUGUUAAUGCCCGGUGAGCUAUUCUACAAAAAUGAUUACUAUUUCCCAGAAGCAAAAUCCUUCCGUCCGGAAAGAUGGUUGAGAUCCGUAGAAAAGCAUGAGAAUUAUAAUCCAUUUACAUACAUUCCAUUUGGAUUUGGAAGUCGAAAUUGCGUUGGUCGACGCUUUGCAGAAAUGGAAAUUGAAUGCCUUGUAACGCGAUUGGUGAGGAAUUACCAUCUGGAAUGGCAUCAACCACCACCAAAAAUACGUUCAACAACCAUCAACAUACCCUAUGGAGAUCUCAGACUGCGUCUCAAAGAAAUUGGAUUCCAGGCCACGGCAGCUGAUUACAGUGAGGAAGUGAUUGGAGAAACUUGGAAAACGGCUAAACCCUACGGAAGCAUACCCGGACCAUCGACGUAUAAACUUUUCCGAGGUUUUUUACCUGGUGGAAAGUUUCAUUCAAUCCCACUAAGUACUGUUCAUGAUAAUUUUAAAAAUGAAUAUGGACCAAUUUACAAGAUGAAUGGAUCUUUUGGCAAGAGGGAUGUUAUUGUAUUGCAUGAUCCGAAAGAUUUUGAAAUAAUUUACCGAACUGCGGGGCCUCUCCCAUUGAGAAGAGGCUUUGACUCCCUAACAUACUACCGAAAGCAAUACAGAAAAGACAGAUUCGCUAAAUUUGUUGGCCUUUUGAAUGAACAAGGACAAGCAUGGUGGGAUCUUCGGCAUAAAGUUAAUGAUGUCAUGAUGAAGCCACAAAUUACAAAAAGAUAUACAACAGCAGUUGAUGAAGUGGCUAGAGAUUUUGUUAAGAAAAUUCAUGAAUUGAGAGAUUCUAGUUUGGAAACUCCAGCCAAUUUCUUAUAUUAUCUGAAUAUUUAUGCAUUGGAAUCAAUCGCUUACAUCACAAUGAAUAUACGAUUGGGACUCUUAACUGAUAAACCUGAUGAAGAAGUUGAAAAAUUUACGAAAAACUUUAAAAGUUUUUUUAAAUUGAUGAAUGAACUUGAUUUUCAACCAUCUAUUUGGAAAAUCUAUAAGACACCUAAAUUUAAUCAAUUUAUACAGGUCACGGAUGAAAUGCAUGAUACUAUAGAGAAAUUUGUGGAAAAAGGCUUAGCCAAUUUGAAAGGAAAUAAUGCAGAAAAGGGUAGCAAUUCAAGAGAGGAGAGCGUUCUGGAAAAAUUAUACGAUAUUGAUAAAGAUAUUGCAGUACUUAUGGCGGUGGAUUCUAUCUUAGGUGGUGUUGAUAGCACAGCUGCAGCAUUGUUUUCAGUUCUCUACAAUUUGUCAAUUAAUCGAGAAAAACAGGAGCUUUUGAGAUCAGAAUUAUUGCCAAUAGUUCCUGAAAAGGAUUCAAUUCUAACAUCUGAUAACAUGAAGAACUUGCCAUAUUUAAGAGCUUGUAUUAAAGAAGCAAUGAGGCUGAUUCCAGUUUUUAUUGGAAAUAUUAGAACAUCUGGGCAAGAUGUUGUUCUUCAGGGAUAUCAAGUUCCUAAAGAGACUGAUGUGCUUAUGCUCUUUGAGACGCUUCACCUUAAUGAAAACUACUUCCCUCAAGCUAAAUCAUUUCUUCCCGAAAGAUGGCUGAGGUCCACGGAGAAGUACGAAAAACACAAUCCAUUUGCUUACCUUCCAUUUGGAUUUGGAAGUCGAAAUUGCAUUGGUCGACGCUUUGCAGAAAUAGAGAUUGAAUGCCUUGUAACGCGAUUGGUAAGGAAUUACCAUCUCGAAUGGCAUCAUCCACCACCUAAAUAUAUCGCAAUGGCCAUUAAUAUACCAGACGGAGAUCUUAAGCUGCGCCUCAAAGAGUACCAACCAUAAGAGAUGUGCUUGUAUUUUAAGGUAACCGACUGGAAAAAUUUGCUCAAAAAUCGGUUGUGAUAAGAUUGUGUUAUC